AUGGCCAAUCUCACCAUUCGCAAUCUUACCAUAAACCCCAUCGAACUCAUCGAGGUUGAGAGGUUUGAAGGUCAACGUGUCAGAACAGGCGGUGUUCUUUCCAGCAUGACAAGCUUCAUGAGCAGUUCACACAAAACACAUGCAAAAGGUGAUGCGAUUCUCAAGGAGGAAGCAUCCGUCAAUAUCGCUCCUUUCGAGGUCAAAGAUACCGAGAUUCGAUCUGCCGAUAAGAACAAGGAGGUUGUUCGCCUCACCUUCAAAUAUGAGGGUUACAAAUAUGAAGUCGAUAUCCCAAGCCCCGCCAAUAAGUCGUCUGUUAUGAAGAAUCUCGAUGGCGGAAAACACGACUUGACUGUCGUUUACACCCCCAACGGCACUUUCCUCGCCAUCUUCUCAUCUGCUCAGCUCCAUAGAUGGAUGGAAGAACUUCACGACGAUUGGCCUCUCCCUUUGCUGUCCAUUCCUGGCACGCACAACUCACCAACAUGCUUUACCGCCCUUCCUUCUGUUCGAUGUCAAGCUGUGGACAUUCCAGAGCAACUCCGAAAUGGCGUCCGCUUCCUGGACAUUCGGGUUUCUGUAAGCCCCAGCAGUGAUGAUCUUGCUCUUGUUCACAGUGUAUUUCCCAUCUCUUUGACUGGAACCAGGUACUUUAGACACAUGGUCGAAGACAUCUAUAAGUUCCUCGACGAGAACACAAGCGAAACCAUCAUCAUGAGUAUCAAGCGCGAGGGUACUGGCAGAGGUAGCGACCAGCAGCUCGGUAAAUACCUGAAGCACAGCUACGUUGACAAGAGGCAAGACCGCUGGUGGACUGAGCCCAGAAUUCCCACUCUAGGCAGUGCUCGUGGCCGCAUUAUUAUCGUCCGACGAUUUUACUUGGAUGAGGAGAUGCAUAACUCAUGCUGGGAUGGCUGUGGCUGGGGUAUCGAUGCAGGCGACUGGCCUGACAAUUGUGAAGACGGAAAGGUGGGUGAAGGAGAGCAUAUCCACGUUCAGGAUUUCUACACAGUCACCGAGAGCCAAAACAUCCAGAAGAAGAUCGAGUUCUGUCGCCGACAGCUCGAGCGCGCUGCUGAACAGACAUUUGCCCACACUGGCUUGAACGGUCAUAAAGAGGGUGUUAAUCUGCCUCCGUUCAUCAUCAACUUUCUGACAGCAAGCAACUUCUUCAAUGCUACCUGUUGGCCAGAGCGCAUCGCCGCCAAGGUCAACCCCUCUGUUAUCGAAUACCUCUGCAUGUGCCAUGGAGAGGAAGGCAAGGGACCCAACAAGCUCAAGAUCGGCUCAGCAGCCACUGGCAUCGUUGUUACUGACUGGGUAGGUCAUAGAGAUGACUGGGAUCUGAUCCGUUGCAUUGUUGGAAUGAAUGCAAGACUGCAGCUCAUGAGGUCAGCGCAGCAAUGA